CUAUGUCUCGACCUAUUCUAUUGAGAACGUACAGCAACACGUUCGUAGGAAGAAUCCAUAUUUGGAAGGUAUAUACUUUCAAUUCUGUUUUGUUACGUCCUUGAAGAGAGUAGAGGGGCGAAAGGGGAGGCAGGUGCGUACAAGAUCGUUGAGUCUAUGCAUACAAGCUUGGAAAUGCAAAGGAGUAUUCUCUAUAUUUAUAGCAUCAAGAUAAAAUUCAAUUCGAUGAGACGAUUCAUUCUUAUUUGCGUGCGUAUAUAUCGAUCCUUUCUACAAAUGUAUAUCCUUUACACGUACGUUUCCUUCGACUCCUUGUAACAACAACGAGGACAGGGUGCUCAAUGGAAUCAUCCCUUAUUUUGUAAACAAUAUGUCGGUUGAACGAUGUUCGAACCUGACCGACCGACAACACGAUUAGCUUCGUCUACUUCUCGACUAAACCGAGAGAACGACAGCAGGAGGGUUAAAACUGUCGCAGACGUUUGCGUCUAUCGUUGCAGAAGGGGGAGGGAAGGGGUGGACAACGAUACCGGUUUCCGUAUGUUUCGUUUCCACGCGCGCAAUUCUACCCCUCUAUAUUUCUCGCUCUUUCUUUCUCUCUUUUUUUACUUUUUUUUUUUUUUCUUUUUUCUUUUGUCCCUUUUGCAAGAGGGGUGAGUUUGAUAAAAGCUUCGAACGGAACACACGCAUCGUAAAAUAUCGUCGAAUAGGCAACAGAGUAACAGUAGCAAAGGCAGUCUCAUCAAUAUUCGUUCUGUUUUACCGAUAUGUACAAUUUAUAUCAAAAUUUCUCUUCGUCGAUAAACGUAUAAAGAACGUGUGUAACCAGAUUUCGAAAGUAGAUUUCAUUUAUCGAUCGAGUCAAAUGAAUAAAAAAAAGAACGAUAGAUUACGCUUCUCUCAGUACUUUCUCAAUUUUACAUAUGUUUUUCUUCUUUCUGCAAAGGCAUGUAUACAUACAUACAUAUGUAUGUAUGUAUGCGAACACACAUGCGAUCAUAUAGAGUAGCUUAAGUCUCCGUAUAACUCGUCGAGGGUCUCUUCAAGCAGACGCGUCAUGACCCUCGCGUAUCAUCCUCCUCGUGUCGCACCCAUUGCGUAAGCUGGUACACCAAGAAAAACGAUCUUUGCGUGUCGGCGGACAUCUCUGAGAAAUAAAUGUGGAAAAUGAUUCGUUCGAGAGGAAAGUAAAGAUAUACUGCCAUCAUCCUGGCACGUGGUAAACCGGGCCAAAGGCCUGGAUCCUCGUCCUCCUCGUCCUCGUCAACGGAGAGGCUGCAAAGGAUGCCAGGACCGGCGCAAGAGAGACCUCGCGCUCAUCGGCUCACCGACAUCGAGCCACAAACCGCGAAGGUGAGCCUCGCAAAUUCGAUAAGCGCUGUCUCUUCUCCUUCCUCUUCGUUUUCAGGAUUAGGAUGUAAUCGAACGGACGACUUCAGCACACCUGUAAGUUCUGGUAGCAACAUGGGGAGUAUCGCAAGGUUUCCGAAAUUGGACGAGUGCGCCCACUUUCAUUACGAACACGUGGAGCUUGGUGCUUUGGAGGUCUCCGUGAGCGAAGGCACCAAUGAAGCAGACACCUACGCAGUUAGGGUAACUUCCGGAGAUGCCUGUUGGACGCUCCAACGAUCCUACGACAAUUUCUUAAUGUUCGACAAACAAUUGCAUCGAUGUAUCUUCGAUAGAAAAUUUUCAUCCCUUCCAAAGUUACCAGACGCCAGGCCUAAAUUACAUUGGGUUAUGAUAAAGGACUACCUACAACGAUUCUCACGCCUAAAUCACGAGGGUCUAAACUGCGGUCCCGUAUUAAAUUGGUUGCAACUCGACAACAGGGGUAGAAGGAUACUCGUGCCAGAAUCUGAUUCUUGUCCCAUAAACACACCGGCUGUUGCAGCGGCCUAUGCUGUUAGGCCUUACGUGGCACAGGCGCAGGAUGAAAUCUCGUUUCAGGUCGGAGACAUGAUCUCGGUGAUAGACAUGCCACCACCAGGAGAAAGUACGUGGUGGCGCGGUAAACACGGAUUCGCAGUCGGCUUCUUCCCAGCUGAAUGUGUCGCAGUAAUCGGAGACAAAGUUCCACGUCAUUUAACAGUCUCGGCGACGGUCAGAUCGAAAUUACCGGUAAAACCGGUGCUUAGAAAGCACGGCAAAUUAAUCGCCUUCUUCAGAUCGUUUAUCUUGAACAGACCGUCGAGGAGAAGGUUAAAGCAAUCAGGGAUUUUAAAGGAACGUGUAUUUGGUUGCGAUCUGGGUGAACAUCUUUUGAACUCCGGACAAGAUGUCCCAACGGUUCUAACUUGUUGUGCCGAAUUCAUCGAGAAUCAUGGCCUGGUCGAUGGUAUUUAUCGGCUGAGCGGCGUCACCUCCAACAUUCAAAGACUAAGAAACGCGUUUGACGAAGAUCGCGUUCCAGCGUUGCAUUCCGACGAAAGUAUCCUUCAGGACAUUCACUCCGUGGCAUCCCUGUUGAAAAUGUAUUUCAGAGAACUACCGAAUCCUUUGUGUACAUACCAACUCUAUUCCACAUUUGUCAGCGCCGUUCAAGCCAAUAGCGACGCCGAAAGAUUGAGGCGAAUGAGAGAUGCCGUUAGAAAAUUGCCCCCGCCUCAUUAUAGAACAUUAGAAUAUUUGAUGCGUCAUCUGGUAAGAGUGGCAGCUCGUGGUUCAGAAACUGGUAUGACUCCACGUAACGUUGCGAUCGUAUGGGCUCCGAAUCUUUUACGAUGCAAGGAACUCGAGGUUGGUGGAGUGGCAGCUCUUCAAGGAGUUGGGGUGCAAGCUGUAGUGACAGAAUUCUUGGUCUGUUACGCCGAAUUAAUUUUUGGAGAUGGACCGGUCGGUAGACCAAAAUCGUUAGCCAUUACGACACCUGCUCGUCUACUCAGUUUAGAGGAAGCACGAAAUAGAAGUGUAAGGGGCGAACCAGAUUAUAUAGAAGUUGGUGCUGGUCCGGCUGGUUUGCCAUUGCAUUAUCAUACAGUCAUAGAGCUGCCACGAAAGAGAAAUGGCUCGAAGCGUUCACCGUCAUUAAACUGGAGAGCUUUGUUCGGUAGAGGUGGCUUGGGUGGUACCAGAGGCAAAGCCAGACAAGUUGGCACGCCACCUCAAGUAGAAACGGUGCCAAGUUCCUUAAACUCUUUGCGACGAUUGAGACCUGUAAAAAGCGCGGAUAGCUUGGAUGGAGAGGACAGUUUGGGUCCUCUUUUAGGACCACCACCAGCGAGACCUUGCGGCCAUAGCAGAUCAGUUUCUCACGACUCUUAUUUCGAUCAUUUGGCUGACGCGCCAAAUGCGACAUCACCUCUGGAUCUAUCGGAAAUCCAGCUUAAUUUUGAUCUUGAAGAAAGAGAAAUGAGAAUGUUUUCGGAGGAGGAGAGUGCUGGUGUUGCAUCGGUCGAGGCAUCGCCUCGACGACAGAGGACGGAAGGAACGCAGUGUCCUGCCAUUACAGGUGGUUCCAAGAGAAAACGAUCGAGACUCGAGGAACGGUUGCAUUGCGACGUCGAGUUACGUUUUAUCGAUAGUCAGAGUCCCGAUCAGGUAAUGGUGUCCGCGGAUGUGCACAACAUGGAAACGCCGUCUCCGUUGCCAACUCCAGGUUAUUUGCCAUUAUUGUCCGAAGCAUCGACUCCUUUAACCCCGGCAACUUUGCAAGGAACGUCUCACUCCACCUCACCGAUACCCGUCAAUAGCCCUAGGAUAAGUUUUCGAAGUUUUACUUUACCGUUAGAAAUCGACGACGAACAAAGUAAUACAAAUAAUUUGAACAGAGCUAGCGUGUCUUCCGAUAAAACAUCCGACCCUAGUCAUAGGUUAUCAGUAAGUUUAAACGAACAGAAUAACGCUAAGUCUUGCGAAAGAAUACGUAGCUAUGAUAGACACGAGGAUCCUUAUAGCAACACGGUAAUAGAGUCGUCAAAAGCUCGAAAUACCGAGGAGUCGACGGACGCUGGAAUAUCCGAUAUUCCAGAUCAAGAAAUGACCCCUUGCGAGAGGUUAAUAUCAUUGUGUAGCGAAGUCGAGUCCAGUAGAGUAACCUCACCGUCUAAGGACAUAUCGGACGAGUCCGAACUAUGUCCGAUCGAGAAAAAUAAAUUAUCUAUCGAUAAGAAAGAUACAUCGAAUGCAAAGAAGCAAGAAACCCCUAAUAACAAUCGAUCUACCGACGUACAGAAUCAAGAAAUGAUUGCCGAGAAUUCGGACGUACAUGGACACGAAUUGGCGGGCUUACCGUUAUCGAAUACAACUGAUCUAGAUUCCCCGAUGUCUUGCGAGCAAACUUUGGAAGACUUGCCGGAUUCAGGAUUUGUAAUAUGCGAUAGUUCCGAUAAGAUAUUUACCAACACGGAAACUCAGCCAAUGGUAACUACUACGAAUGAUUCCGGUGAAUGGGUUAUCGUCGAGAGGACAACUGGCUCCAUAACAACGCCAAGCAGCGAAUCCAGUAGUCCUAAAGAUCCGUUAGAAGGAACUAUGAAUCCAGCGAUAGCUACGGAGGCACCACAGUUGAGAUCCAUGUCGGAAAAUGUUUCGCGAACGUCAUUGGACCUUACGAUGGGUUCUACGGUGGACACGGAUACUUCCUGUAUCGGAGCAAGUGAUUUAACCGAAAGUCCUGUUCUGGCGCAAGUGUCAGGCGAUAUGACCUGCUGCGACGUUAACGACGUUAAAGAUUACAAGGAUUUCGAAGAGCACGAGGAUACGCAGAGACCAUCCACGACGUUUACGAACGAGUUUACGAAUGAUCUUCCUUCCAUUUUACAGGAUCAAGACAAUGGUAAUGAGAAAGUUUGCGAGGUGAAUAUAACUGACAUCGAAUCGAACGAGGAUCGUCCCGAGCUGAAGAUAGACAAUUCUUUCGUUCGGUUGGACAACACGCAUGUGCAUAGUACGAAUAAGAAUCAAGACGGCAAGAGAACGGAGUGCGAGGUCGAUAAGACGCAAAACAUGUUGCAACAGCAACAGCAACAACAACAGCAAAAGCAACAACAACAAGACAUACAACGAUCUAUGGAAAGUCAUCAGAAAUUGCAAUACUCGAAGCACACCGAUCACCAAAGAUGUUCAAAACAGCCCGACAAAAACAAAGAGGUCAAUGAAAUCGGAACGGAUGGGGAUAAAGAUAUGUCCGAAAAGUGCCAAAGUUUCGAGCAGCUGUCUCAGAAGCAACAGAAAAAACAAAGUCCGCAACAUAAAUAUAUUUCGAAACACGAGGGUGAGAGUCCUAAGAGAAACAGUAUACGUCAUUCGCAAUUGCGUGAGAAUAUCGAAGUUGUUAUACCUUCGGAGAAUGCUGCGGAACCUUGCGAGAUCGCACAUGUUCCAGAGGGUGCAUCAGAAGCGAUGCCCUUGGAUUCGUCCUUUUCCGACAGUUCGUCGCCAGUCGACGAUUCCAUCGUUCUACGUGACACAGCUGCUAUUUUACAAGAGUUAGCUUUACAGAGAUUAUCCGGUGGUAUGGUAGGGGAAUUAUCCAUUCCACCUCCUAGAAGAAGAUACGAGACCGAGGUUACCAGAGAACGAAGAAGUUUCGAUUCCGAGAUUGGUCGAGAAAUCGUCAGAGAACGAAAAAUGCGUCAGGAGUUAGAUUCGGCAAGAGGUAAAUCCGAGGAACCACCUGUAAAUAGUACACAUCAUUUGCCACCGUGUUUGCGAGCUCGUCAUGCAAGAGCUACGCGUGCCGCUUUAAGCAGAUCUCUCGACGAAGCAAAGUUCAAUCAGAUGACCGGUGACACCUCAUUACCAGUAAAACAAGCUUCCGAUGACGUUCAGCACAGUUCCACGCCUAACGUUGGCACCGUUACGAAUCCUUCCCCUAACAGUUCCGAGAAGGUUCACUUGAAGAAUCUCGGUGGUCUCGACUUGGGUGACCCACAGUGUCGAGAAAGAAUAGAAAAGUACAAAGAGGAAAGGCGGACGUUUCUGAGAGACAAAUAUAGAUCGGAGAGUUUUCGUGGCAUGUCCUCGAAAGCUGAAGGUGACGGUGAACAGGCAUUGUUGGCCAGAUUAAAGCAGAGAACAUCAAGGCCGUCAUUUCAUUGACACUGAUCUGAUUCUCUUCUUGAAUUUCAGAAUAUAUAAAACCUGCUAUUUAAAAAGGCUGCCAAUGCACUGAUUUUUUUUUCUUUUUCUUUUUCUCUCUCUCUCUUUUUCUUUUUUUUUUCCUUCGGAAAAUUCAAUUUUGAGGAUAAGACUCGUCUCAUCGUUGGCCGAGAUUAUUGAUUGUUUGAACGAAGAUGAUCAAAUAUGAGAUAUAAGAUUUGUGAGAUUGCACCGUUAAGCUGAAACGUGCAAUAUAAUAAAUAAUUUUUUUUGCCUUUUUCUUUUCCUUUUUCUUUUUUUUUUUUUUCUUUUCUUUUCUUUUCUUUUUCCCGAGGAACUUCCUAACUUAUUAAACGAUCGCGAGUGUAACUAAUUCCCUUUUUCUUCUUUUUCUUUUUUUUUUUUUUCUUUUUCCAUUGUUACGAAUUUUAAUAAUAAGAUACUUUUUAUUACUAUUCCCAAAGAUAAUAGUUCGCCCGUCGUUCGUAUUUAUUGUGUUGUUCUGUUAUCGGCUUCUAUUAUACGUUUUACUUCGGACGUAUGUACCAGAGUUGUGUGUGUCUGCGAAAUUGCAUUUAUUAGUACGAAAGUAUAUUCAAGUGAGCACGUUGAUUGUAUAGGAACAUUUUUGAAACGCUUCUUUCGCCGCAAAUGCGUAUGCGUUUUCGUUGUUAAUAAUGAUUAUAAAUGAGAUAUCUUUUUUAUAUUAUAAAGCGUUGGUUGUCAAUGUUUAGUGUGAAAUUCGUUCGACGUUUUCUAUUAGCGAACUUUUGCGCUUUAUUGCUUCGUACUUUAAUGAAUAAUUCAUUUGAAAAUUUUUUUACGCGCGUUGCUGUUAAUGUUAUUUCGAUCUCUGGUACACAUUUAUAAUGCUUCGUUUAUAUCGAUAAUGAAACGAGAAGAACUCGAUAAAUCGUUUUUUUCUUUUUUAUAUAGGUAUAUAUAUAUAUAUAUGAAAUAUUAAGUUGAGCGUUUUAUAAAAGUGUAACGAUAUGAUUACGUUCUUUUGUGGACUGGUCCACAUUGGAUAUAUAUAUAUAUAUAUAUAUAUAUAUAGCUUUUGUAUAUGCUCUCAUUUUUAUUUAGUCUUUAUGUAUAAAAAAUACACACACAAAUUAAGUUAAUUUAUGGAUUAGCAAGAUUACGGAUAAAAAGAUGCGACUUGAAAUCAAGAUUACUAUUCGGAACCAAUUGUCUCGAGAUAAAAAUGAUACUCUGAAUUAAAAAGAUAAUAGAUUUUAUAUAUAUAUAUAUAAAAUCCAACUAUAGAAUCGAUAGUUAAAUCGUCAUUAUCUAAAUACGAUUAACGCGAUUAUUUCCUCGUUUUGAGAUCUGUAGUAUGUUUCGACAAUUUUUAUCUAAUAAAUUUAAUCUACCCUUUACGAUACAUUAAUUGUAUCGCAACAGUAUGACGUAGAAAACAAGUUAAUGUUCUCACUAUAAUGAUUCUAUUUCCUCGAAGAAAAAAAAAUAAUAAAAAAAUAAAACAUUUUGCUCUCUACGAAUUAUUCAAAAUAACUUGAUUUAGGGCCGGUUUACUCGCAAAGAAAUUUUAAGUAGAUCUUUAGAAGAUAGUUUACGAAGGUGCAUGUAACUAUUAUUACACGAAGCUAAUGGUAUUGAUAAAAAAUAACCAUAUAUUUUCUCGUAAAAACAUAUACACACCUCUUCGCAUAGAACUCUACACAUUUUUUCUAUUCCCGACCAAAAAUCAAAGAGGAGAAAAAGAAAGCGAUGGUACUCAACGAAAGUGAUAUUUUACGCGAAAAUUUUUCGCUUUUGAGAAACGUCUUACGUUUAUUGAUUAUAAAGUAGAAUGAAAGUUCAUAGCCUAUUUGAAUAAUAUUGUACAAUAAAGGCGUUGUUAUAAAUUAAGAACAACAAGAUAUAGCGAUGUAAACUUUCAACUCUUAUGAUAUAAAAUGGAGAAAAAAUGAAUUAAUCUCCUAGCCAAAUAUACAUAUAUCCUAUAUAACGAAAACUUUUAAAGUUCAAAUUCAAAAAAACGCGAUAUUAUGAUACAUAAAAUUUUCUUCGGAAUAUAUUAAAAUGCAUUGAAACUUUAUUGAUAUAUAUAUAUAUGUGUAUAUAUAUAUAUAUACAUAUACAUAUAUAUAUAUAUAUAUAUAUAUACAUAUAAUAAUAUAAUAUUUCAACUAUUUUACGAACACGCUCUUGUGAAUUUCAAUUUUUAAAUUAAACGACAAUCUUUCCGUCAAUCGUAUUAUACUUGAGAUUAAUUGAAAAGUUCUGAUUAAAUUCUUCGUUUAUUCUAAUUAAGUUAGUAGGGAAAAGCAAAAGAAAAGAAAAAAAAGAAAAUAGCAAAAAAAAAAGAGAAAAAUAAUACAAAUAUGCAUGCACGAGUAGUUAAAUGUAUUUAAAAAGCUACUAACAAUAUAAUAGCGUGAUUAGAAAAUGAGAAAGGAUUUCUAGACAUCUAACAAUCUCUCUCGACCCUUGCGAAUAUUAUGCCGUAUUAUAGAAAAAGGCCUAUAUAGUUUUAGCGAGUUACCUAAAUGUAAUACGCCUGAACAGUAAACUAUAAAAAAGAAAAAAAGAAACUUAAACUAUUUACAAGAUACUUCUGCGCAAUAUAUAAUACGCAAUGAUGAUGAUGCAUCCAAAGGAUGUUUAUUUUUAAUAAUUUCAGAUUGCCCAUGUCGAUCGUACAUAUAUAUAUAUAUAUAUAUAUAUAUAUAUAUAUAUAUAUACACACAUAUACAUAUGUGUACAUAUAUAUAUGCAAAUAUAUAUAUACAUAUAAUAUACAUAUAUAUGUAUAUAAGUGUAUAUAUAUGCAUAUAUAUACACUUAUAUACAUAUAUGUAUAUAUAUAUACAUUUAUAUACAAAUAUAUAUAUGUAUGUAUGUAUGUAUAUGUAUGUAUAUAUAUAUAUGUAUAUAUGUACGAUAUAACUUUUAGACUUAUUGUUAGAGAGAAAGAAAGAAUGAGAAAGAGCCUAAUGAAAUAAUGCGGAUUAUAUGAUGUAGAUUUACUUUGAUUGAGAGGGGGGGGAAAAAAUAAGUAAAAAAAAAAGUAACGAAAAACAUUUUUCGCGAGACCACAUAAAAAGACUAAUCCUAUAUACGACAUUGAAGGGCUGAUAGUAAUCUUGCUUUUGAGCGUUUAAAAGCCCACCGUUUCUCAGCCUGAACGAUUUUUGUCCUAACCCUUAUUAUAUUUCGUCCCACCCUCUAGCUGUAUACUUUUCGUCUUAUAAACGUUUUUGUUACUAGAGAAUACCGUUUUGCCUACUACAAAUAUUCUUCUUAUUGAAUAUAUAUAUAUAUAUAUAUGCAUACAUAUAUAAAAUAAAUAUGUAUAUAUAUAUAUAUAUAUAGAAAUUAUAUGUAAACAAAUAUAAAUAUUAUAAAUAUGGAGAAGUUAUUUAA